GCUUUCAAUCAGUGUCUCCAUUCAAGGGGCAGUAGAGAGAAACUGUCAUAGUGAGAAAGACUGUCAGUAGUUUGCCCUCCCAAACCAGUGGCCAGCCUGAGCCUCAGCCCAGUAGUGUGCCAACAUCCCAAACCAGCGACCAGCCUGUGUCCCAGCCCAGUGCCAUGCAAUCUGUACAAGCUAGCUUUCAGUAUGUGCCACAGCCCAGUAGUCAGUCUGUCCCACAACCCAGUGGUUUGCAGUCGGUCCCAGUCCGCUAUCAGGCUGUGCCCUUACCCACUGGUCUGCAGUCAGGACAAGCCAGCUACCAGUCUUUUCCCCAACCCAGUGGUCCACAGUCAGGAAAACCUAGCUACCAAUCUGCAUCCACAGCUAGUGGUUUACUUGCAGCACUGGCUCGUUAUCAGUCAAUCCCCCAGUCCAGUAGUCUGCAGUCAUCACAAUCCAACUACCAGUCUGUCCCACAACCAAGUGGUCCACAGUCAGCGCAAGCCUGGUACCAGUCUGUGCCCUCACCAAGUGGUCUGCAGUCAUUACAAGCAACCUACCAGUCUGUCUCCCAACCCAGUGGUCCACAGUCAGGACGAGUCAGCUACCAGUCCUCAUCUAGUGGUUUACUUGCAGCAUUAGGUCGUUACCCGUCAGCCCCCCAAUCUAGUAGUCUGCAGUCAUCACAAUCCAGCUACCAAACUGUCCAACAACCCAGUGGUCCACAGUCAUCACAAGCCUGGUACCAGUCUUUGCCCGUACCUGGUGGUCUGCAGUCAACACCAACCUGGUUCCAGUCUAUGUCCCAGCCUAAUACUGCACAGCUGACACCUGCUACAUACCAGUAUGACUCGCGCAUCAGUGACCAGCAGUCAGCACAAGGUCAAUCAGAAGCCUCAACCUAUGAGUCUGUUUUCCAGCCUGGCUUUCUGGAUCCAUUGCAACUUCAGUUCCAGACUACUCCGAAGCGUGUUCCUUACAGCAUGUCAAGGUUGUUGCAGCAGGUGAAGUCAUAACUGCAUUGCUUGAUUUGUUCUGUUUUAAAAUAAAAUUUCACUAAAAAA